UGUACUCGCUCGCGCUCGCUGUUCUUAUUCGAAGGCAGAAGUUCUGGGCUCUUGUAUUGUCAUUUUCUCAGCUUCAAUGUUGGCAGAAUCUGUGGAGAACCGAGUUAGGUUUUGCGAACCCGAUAUGCGACGUCGCUGUUUCUCUCCGGAUUUGAAGCCGGCUCUAGGUUUUCGGUGGUCUUUUCUCUCAGCCUCACUACCUGAUUCUUCUGUUUGCGAUAAUCUCGGUCCUCCGGGUUAGGUAAACUAGUGGGAAAGUAGAAAUUGUUCUGAUUUCUGGAUUCCCCAUUUAGAGCAAUUAGGGUUUAAGGGUAAAUUUGGGAUUGAAGGCUAAGAGAGUUUAGCCCAGAAAUCAAGCUUGUGUUCCCCCGGUCUAGUGUUAGGGCCCAAUUCAUCCUUGAUGAAGAAGAUGAUAAAGUAGUAUGCACUGUUUACUUGAAGGAGGUGUUGAAGUACACUAGUCGGAAUGUAGAAAUUCUUCUGAUUUCUGGAUUCCCCAUUUAGAGAAAUUGGGGUUUAAAGGUAAAUUUUGGGAUGGAGGGUUUGGCCUAGAAAUCAAGCUUGUGUUGUCUGGUGUUAGUACUCAAUUCAUCACUGAUGGAGAAGAUGAUAAAGUGUACGCAUUGUUUACUUGAACGAGGUGUUGGAGCUGUGUUUGCAUUAGGAUACAAGUCGGAAAGUAGAUUUCUUUUUUUCCUCUUCUGAUUUCUGGAUUCCCCAUUUAGAGGAAAUAGGGUUUAAGGGUAAAUUUUGGGAUUGAAGGCUAAGAGGCUUGUGUUCCCUCGAUCUAGUGUUAGGACUCAAUUCACCAUUGAUGAAGAAGAUGAUAAAGUAUCUGCGUUGUUUACUUGAACGUGGUGUUGAUUCUGUGUUUUUGCAUUUGUUGACAUCAAACAUUGAUUAGGACCAGAAAUCCAAAGGAAUCAGGAGCUUUAGAUGACUCCCAAGUGUCUUAGACUGAGGUUUCUGGAGGACAUAGAUUGCUCAAGUCAUUUAACUACCUAGAUCAUUAGGAUGAUAAGAUCUCUUAAUGGUGUAAAACUACCAUGAUCUUUGGAUAACGUUAGCCUUAUUUGGUGUGGAUAAUAAUUCUAGAUGGGUCGGGGAGUUAACAGGCAGGCAGAUUUUUUCUGAACCCGCUUUCGCUAAAAUGCCCUGUUACGAAUUGGUUCCAUGAAUGUGUCUCACUUAUUGUCUUCCUUACCAAAUGUAUGUUGUCAUAUCAAGUAAAUGUUUAGUAUAUGGUUUUGUUUUCUUCCAUUCCGUACCAAUUAGAUUUUGCAAGGGUCUUGCACAUGUUUCUUGUUGUGUUUAAACUAAACUUGGAAUAAAGGUAUGUGUUAUAAUACCACAAGUAUCUGCAUUAUUCGGUUCUGUUGUUGUGUCUUGACUUCAUUUACUGCUUGUGAUUGCUCUGUGUUCUACUUUUUCAUUUGAGGAACAUUAUUCAUCCAUACUUGUGUGAAUUCUUCAAUCUCUUGCUGCUUACUAAAGGUGUUUAGACAAAAUUUCUCUUCUUGGGUUUCUAUGAGAUUAUUUGCCUUCCUUCGUUAUGUUAUUUCGUUGUUGUUUCAUUCAUGGAUGGUGUGAAGUUCUUGGCUCCAUAUUAGUUCUUAAUAAUCUGUGUCCAAGCUUCAUUUGCUUCUUAAAUGUAGAUUGCUCUGCAUUGUUCUUACCCUUCAUGUUGUGAAAGAAACGGUGUUGAUAUUUUUUUGCAUUGGCGUUUGAAAUUCCCUUUGGAAGCUUUUGGUGGUGUAACAUUGGAGUUUGUUUUUAGAUGAAGAUGAGGAAUAUUCCUGUACUUUAUAUAGAAUUUCUAAGUCACUAAAAUUAUAUAUAUCUAUCUUCCGUAUUAGUUUUUCUACUCUAAGAUUCUACCGACGAAUUUCUACGAUUAUAUAUAUAUAUAUAGUCAAUUAGCUAAAGAUAUUUAGAUAAGAGAAUCAAAUUUUUAUAUAGAUGAUUUCACUUUUGAGUUCAUUUUAUUAUUAUUGGUUCUAUUUAACCCCUCUCAAUGGUUUAGGGAAUUUUUUUACUAUUUUUUUUGUUGCUUGUGUAAAUAAUGUUUUCAAUAUGGUUGGAUAUGUAAACACUAAUAGAAUUUAUAUAAAAUAUUUUUUCAAUAAUUCAGAAAGUGAGAGUGGGAAUCAUGUUCUUGAAACCCAACAAAAAGGCGACAACACGUCACGUGACUGUCCCUGUUCAGUAGAGACAAGUGGAUCAGAAUCCGACGACGUAUCUACCCGGUCUCAUAUGUGACAGGCAUUUGUCUCUCUCUCUCUCUCUCUCUCUCUCUCUCUCUCUCUCUGACUGUAGAAUCCAAUUAUAAGCAUGAUCAGUAGCUUCAGCUGAAGCGUUACCCGAGAAAGAAUCAGAAGGAUCUGAUCUUGUUCACUUCUCCGAGGUGAUGAUGAUGUUGCUUCCUGUAACGGUUGCAGUCGCAGUUUGCCUGAUAGGGUACGUUUACCGGUCACUGAAACCGCCGCCCCCGCGAAUCUGCGGAGCCCACGACGGUCCUCGGGUUACCUCUCCAAGAAUCAAGCUCGGAGAUGGUAGGCAUUUGGCCUAUAGAGAAGUGGGUGUCCCGAAAGACGAGGCCAAGUAUAAGAUCAUCGUUGUCCAUGGCUUCAACAGCUCCAAAGACGUUGAAUUACCCAUCCCCCAGGAACUUAUCGACGAAUAUAUGAUAUAUUUCUUGUACUUCGAUAGAGCUGGAUACGGAGAAAGUGAUCCGUACCCUUCUCGUUCCGUGAAAACGGAAGCAUAUGAUAUCCGAGAACUAGCCGACAAGUUACAGAUCGGGUCAAAGUUCUACCUUCUCGGGAUAUCCCUCGGGGCAUACCCGGUUUACAGUUGCCUCAAAUACAUUCCACACAGGCUAGCCGGAGCUGCCAUGGUGGUUCCGUUCGUGAACUACUGGUGGACUGGUGUGCCUCGGAGCAUAUCGAGAAAAGGGUUCGAGCGGCUCCUACGGCAGGACCAGUGGGCAUUUCGAGUGGCUCAUCAUGCUCCGUGUCUGUUCUAUUGGUGGAUGACUCAGAAAUUUUUCCCGUCACUGAGUAUCGUCACGGGGAACACUUCCAUUUUCAGCGACCACGAUAUGGACAUCAUUAGGCAAUGGAUGGCGAAUCCGAGCCCUGGCAUGGAAAAAAUUCGGCAACAAGGCGACCAUGAAUCGUUGCACCGAGACGUACUAGCUGGAUAUGGAAAAUGGGAAUUCGACCCGACCGAGUUGGAAAACCCGUUUCCGACCGGGGAGGGGUCGGUCCAUAUUUGGCAGGGACUCGAAGAUCGAAUAAUUCCACGUGUCGUUAAUCGGCAUAUAUCGCAGAAGCUGCCAUGGAUAAAGUACCACGAGGUCUCGGGUUUCGGACACUUUCUAAUGUUCGAGAAGAAGAAUUGCGAAGAUGUGCUAAAGGCCCUUUUGGUCGGAUAAAGCCGGUUUAGGUCGGUUUAAUUUAUUGUGGUUAAACUUAAAGUGUAAGAGUUGUGUAAAUUACAGUUUGCUAAAUAAAUAACAGGAGAGAAAUCAUUUUAUAAAUA